GUAAAUUGUUGACUAACCGCGGGAAGUUGGCGGGGAUUCCCCGACAGAUUUCCCGAUAAGUAUUUUGUUCUUAUUGUUCGACAUUUCUGCUUAUAUAAAUUCGGUCGUACCAGGUUUUCAGUAUACAGCAUCUCCCUCAUGCCUAGGGGUGUUUCGUAGUGUUCUUUUUUCCCCCAAGAACAAGUCUGAACGCAGUGGUAAAAUUUUUUCGUCUGUCUCCGCAUUUACGACAUUGCAUAUGCGCCAUCUGUUUCCACACACCACGUGCGAAUGAGCCGACGUUGUGGUACACUCCUAUAUCUGUGGGAUUGGUCUCCGUUGUAUUUAAAAGUGUUGACUUACACAGGCGUGGGCCAAACAAAGGUGUGACUUCAGAGUAUAUAUAGUAAUCAAUUCCUUCAGCUGUUUGUGAAUAGUGUGUAAAGUGAAGAACGAAGACUAGGUAUGUCUCUGGUGCACUGUACAGAUGUAUGUAUCGAUCAGUGAAAAAUUAUUUUCCUUCAAGCAAGCCCAGACAGUUUAUCAAUAUUAGCAGUUUUGGUAAAUCUUUGUUUUUCUCUGGUAGUUAGUUCUACUGAGUUUAACAGCUAAAACAGGCCGAACAUAGUGGGCAAAAUGGAUGAUUUGCGAUGUCAGGGGAGCUACAUGAGUACAGCUGGUGUUCCAUCCAGCAAGAAGAGGUUGACAUCCCAGACAGAAGUGUUGGAGCCUUCUGUACUCCUGAGAUGUAACAGUGCAUGUGAUGGCCCUCCAGAAACAUCCAGCUGUGGUAACACUCUUGGACUACAUCUCCCCACAAAGAGCGCCUGUGAUAUGGACUCACAGAAAGGUUUGAGACCUGAUGAGGAGCAUCACCACAUAAGUGCUUUCAGUGAAGACAGCAGUGUGUUUCUCUCAGAGAACUUGCCAGCACCUUUUCGAAUUGAACCCAGGGGCCAUUGUUUCACAAAGGAGACUUAUGAUAUGCAGUUGCAACCAAGAUGCGCCUCACCUGCAAAGUCUCCUGCAAGUACAGCGCCGCCAAGUCUUGGGCAGGAAAUGAUAAAGAUUGUUGAUAAAUUUCGAGAUGUAGAGAGAGAAUGUAAGACUGCACUUCAGGAGAAGGAACAGCUUGCAAAGCAGAACGCAAAGCAGUCUCGUGAAAUAGAACGUUUGUCCCAUACAGUGCAGUUUCUCGGGCGUGAACUGAAGACCAGAUUUCAGCAAACUUAUCCUGAUGUGGAAAUUAAAAGAGACCAAAGUCAUGCUGUUGUGAAAGUGUGUCAAGGAUUGAAAAAGGAAGUAACUGUUAAUGGAGGUAAACUUAGUGUGAUUGGACAGAGUUCGAAAGGUCAGUUUUUCAAUCCUGAUAUCACAACGUAUGAUUAUAAAGUUGGAAGAGAUAACUCUCAUUUUGAAAAUGACUUUAAGGGUACCCAUUGUUCAAAUUGUGAAAAGGUACUUAGAAGAGAAAAAGAGUUAUGCAUGGAUUUUGAACGCCGACUUGCUCUGGAAAAACAGAACGCUGAGCUGUUAAAAUCUAGAUUAAGACUAUUGCAGCAACAGUUGCAUGAUUUGCAAAGCUCAUGUGAUGAAAAACCUUCAGAAGAUUUAAAUAGCCACGAUCGUGUUGUACAGGAUCUGCUAACCGAGGUAAGUGUUCUGCAACAACAGAUGGUUGUAGUCGUGGAAGACUUCGAAAAAGAGAGGAAUGACAGAGCCAGGGUGGUCUCCUCACGAAACAAACUCAAGGAGAAUUUCCAGAAUCUGGAUGAGAAAGUGCGUGUGUUGAAACGUCAGCUGAUGCUAGCACACAGCAGGCUGACAGAAUUUGUGACCAGAAACAACACGUUGCAACAAACUGUACAAGGGUUACAGUCUGAGCUGAGGGUUAAAGAUCAAAAACUUGCUCAGGCUUUGUUAAAUACUGGGAAUACUUAUAAUGAACAUUUACAGGUGCCCCCAGUGUACUUUCCCAUGCAAUUGCCUGUACCUAGUCACUGGACUCCAACACAGCAGCCAGUCACUAGAGACUGGUCAUGCCCUUCCUGUACUUUUCUGAACUCCAGUCACAGGACAGUUUGUGAGAUAUGUGGUGUGAUAAAUGACACUGAUCGCUACAUGAAGCCAUCAAGGGACUUUCCUGAGUGUCGUAGGAGUCUGGAGAGAAACUGUCGUCUUGUGUCUAGAGGACUUAGUACCGAUGAAGGGCUGACAGAGCUAACAUUAGGGGACACAGGUCUUCCUGUGACGAACACAGGUUCACCAGAGUCCCAUUCAUUUUAAAACUUAGAAAGUCUCAUCACUUCAUUACGUUAUUCCAUCAUAAUUUCAUGCAUAAAGGAAGGGGUAGGUCUACUUCUGGUCAGCUUCAGUGGAAAAAUAAGUAGCAGUGAGCCUUAUAAAUAAGAUAUUUUGAAAGCAAAUCACAUAUUGGUUUUGUAAACUAUUGGAAAAUAUUUCUGAUUCUAUCUUUUUAUUAUGGAUCUAUACAUGUAGCCCUGUAGUCUGUCAGUGUUUCAGAAAUGUACCAGUUUCAUUUUUUUUUUUUUUUUUUUUACACUUAACUCUUAAGAAUUCUAAUCAAGAGAACAUAAGGAAUAAACACAAUUAACUACUUGUUCUGUAGGAAGUAGUAGGCUCACCUGUCACUAUAGAGAUCCGACCAGACCUUCCCUAAUCAUAGGUGUUAUUUUUAUACUGCCGUGUCUAUGCUGUAUUUUGCCAUUAUUUUCACUCUUGUUCAUGCUGUAAGACACAUAUUUUUUCAGCAUAGAAGGUUUGGAAUGCAAGUCAAAUUCAGACUUAGAGUACAAUACACAUUAAACUCCAACCCACAAAAAAUUAACUUAACUCCUUGUUGAAUAUCUGUCCAUAAUGGCCUACCUUGUUCUUUUGUAUGUGUGUGUUAAUGUGUUAUAAAUGAAAACGUUAAAAAGUAAAUGUUUAAAAUCAAACCUGCA